AUGAUCCUCAACAGAUUCAUCCCCAUCUCCCUCCUCGCAAGCCUGGCCCUCGCAUCGCCAAUCCUCAAAAAUCGCGAUGACGACAACAACGACAAUAACGGAACAGGGAAAGCCCUCAACGCCACAGAAAUCAUCCUCGCCGUCGCCCCCAAAUCAGCCUCCUGCGACGGCGUAACAACUUUUGCAGACGAGUGCGCAACAGUAGACCGCAUAGCCGCCUACCUCCCAGCGGCCUUCUGGAAAUACAACGUCAGCACAACUGGUGAGAUGGCCGCCGUCCUCAGCCUCAUGGCGUUCGAGACGGGCGAAUUCCGGUACAACCGCAACCACUACCCCGGUCGACCCGGCCAGGGCACGCGCAACCUCCAGAUGCCCAAUUACAACCUCAUGUACGCGCUCUCCAUCCCCGAGCUCAAGGACAAGGCCGCUGAGAUCGCUGGCGGCGUCGCCGACGGCGCGGACUUGACCGACGACAAGAAGAACCAGAUUCUCGAUCUCGUCAUCCCGGACGACUACACAUGGGGCUCCGCCGGUUGGUUCCUGGACACGCAGUGUGACAAGAGCGUCAAGGAGGAGCUCGAGACUGGGACUGUCAGGGGAUUCACGCUCUACAUGGAAUGCAUCGGCACAUCGGGUACCGAGGACCGUGUCGCGUACUGGACCAAGGCUAAAGCGGCUUUUGGCAUGUCCUCUUAA